AUGGACACCAAGGAACAUUAUACAAAACGUAAGGGCAAAUAUUACUGCAAGCUAUGCAACAACAGCAAAAAACCUAUAGCAGCUAAUAAGCUUCAUGAUCAUAUUACAAAACUGCAUCCAGCUAAUGACUCAACUACUGCUUUGAGUGUGGCACAAUCCUCAAAUAUUGCAGUUCAUUCUCAACAUGAUGAGGCUCUAGCUACAAAUUCACCAGCCAUACCAUACUCAACUUCCAUAGUUGUAUGGAGAGAUCAUUGGACCCAAGAUGGCCUUGAUUUGAAAG